ACCUCACAUUUUCCCAUUUUCCCAUUCUCCAUUAUCCAAAUUUCCCAUUUUCUACCGUAAUUGACCAACGACCAUCAACACCAUCGAUAAGCACAUCGCAGCUAGAUUCUCCGUACCAGCUGGACCGAUAACAACUUUUUUUUUUUUUUAGUUUCUAAUUUUUAUACUCAUACCACUCAUCCCUAACUUCUCCCUUUGGUUGAUCGUCUAUUACACCGUCGCCAAGCUCGGCACUAUCGUUCGUCCGUCACUCAGUCAUCAUGUCGGACGACGAUGUCGAAGUUACCGGCACGCGAAGUUCGCGGCGCAACGCCGAUAGAAGAACCCCGCGAUUUAGCUGGAAUUUGGCAUACGAAGAGACCUUCUUUAGAUCGCUAUGCGAGUCCAUGCAGAUGGGAUAUAAGGAGAACCAUAGCUUCAAGUCUGGCGCCUGGGAACGCGCCGCCAUCGCAUUACGCGACAAACAUGGAGCAUAUCCCGAGAAGAGCCAUCUCAUCAAUAAGGCUGACAAUGCGCGGAAGAAGUUUCGCAUGUGGAGGGGGUUAAGGGAGGAUCCCGAGUUUCUAUACAACCCCACCACCAGAAUGGUUACGGCCAGCGAGGAUGCCUGGAGAGGGCACUUUGAGAAAGAACCCCUAUCGAAGGCCCUUAGAGGUCGACCGUUCGACCACGAGGAUUACAUGGAGAUCCUAUUCCCCGAUGUCGUUGGAUCUGGCGGCGCUCCAAAGCGGAUCAUGAAGCCGCGGCGAAGGAACCCAGAUGGUACCCUGAGCGCUAGACCAAGCACCGCAGACCAAAGUGUUAUCGAUCCCUCCCUUGACUCCACCAUAUUCAACCAGACGCCCACACAAAAUCCUGGACUACAACAACAAACCCCAAUGCAGCAAACGCCAACCGUUACCCAACCGUUACCCACGCCUACCGUGCCUCAGCCUAUGCUGCAGAGACCCUCAUCCACCACCAUUCCGCCUCGAACAUCCAUCAGCGCAAACCCGAGUGCACUUACACCACCAGACGAGCACGCCCCUAAUACGCAAGCACAAAAACGGCCCAACCCUAACCCUGGUCCUGGCUACCCAGAAAAGCGACGAGGUAGACCGUCUCGCUUCUCCACUAACUUUUACAACCAGCAAUCCACUACGCCGUCUUCUUCAUCUGUCAACCCUCCUGCUGCUGCUCCUGCCGCCACUUCUGCGCCCCUGGCAGUGUCUCAAGGGGUCAACAGUUCCUUUAGCUCCAUUGGCCUUGUAGAAGACGGCAUCUUUUCCCUCGCCGAGGCCCUGAGAACCCGCAAUCCCCCAAAAUGGCCAGAGCAAGCGCUCGAUAUUUUCUUCCGGGAAUUCGCAGACGAGGACGCCGACUUGCAGCUUAAGAUAGCAGAGAAGGCCCUGACAGACGAGAACAAAGCGAUGGUGUUUGUCAAGAUGACGCCAGUGCUACGGCGGCACUGGGUAGGCAGACUAAGGGAAGUCCAUAUGCGGAAUCUAGGAGGAAGUCUUAGCCUAGAGGGGAGAGUUCGGGAGGAUGCUUCAUAAGCAUAAGGCCCUUGAUUUAUACAACAGACGACAGAACAACAAACAUCAAAGCGGGCGUUGCCGGCUGGACAGGGUUUGGCGCACAGGCGUUACACACCGGAAGGAAAAGCUGCGAAUAGCAGUAUUGCGAGAGCUAACGAUGCACGAACAAGCCCUAGGGAGGCUUUGACCUCCCCGCGUUAAUACUUUCGAGUCUGAA